GGUGCUGGAGUAUUGGGUAUUUAUUUAUAUUCUAUUAACGCUGUUAAACAAGAGACAUUCUUGGACGAUUUCGAAGAACCAGUUAAGGUACAGCAAUAAUGUCUGCAGCACAGAGAGCCUCCCGCAUUCGACUUCCUCCUUUGCCUAGUAUCAAAGAUGUCAUUAGAUUGUACAAAUUGCGCGCACUUAGAGAACUGUCACAGAACUUUCUUAUGGAGCCAAGAUUAAUUGAUAAAAUAGUACGAGCUGCGGGAAAUAUACAGAAUAAUGUAGUGUGUGAGGUGGGACCCGGGCCGGGCGGUAUUACUCGUUCUAUCAUACAACAGGCGCCUAGAAAAGUCAUUUUAGUCGAGAAAGAUCCGCGGUUCUUACCAACACUAGAGCUUUUAGCUGAUGCUUGUAAAGACAAAGUCGAUGUUGAUAUUAUAACUGGUGAUAUUUUACGCACUGAUAUUGCACAUUUUAUUCCACAAGAUGUUAAGGUAGGUUGGAACGACCCUCCGCCUCCUGUUAAUCUGAUCGGCAAUUUACCAUUUAGUGUAUCAACAAUAUUAAUAAUACGCUGGUUAGAGGCAAUUUCUAGACAAGAAGGUCCUUGGACAUUUGGUAGGGUGCGGAUGACAUUAACAUUUCAAAAGGAAGUGGCUGAAAGAAUGUCCGCACCCAUCCUGGAUAAACAAAGAUGUAGGUUGUCUGUUAUGUGCCAGAAUUGGUGCAAUGUGAAAUAUAAAUUUGAUAUACCCGGUGCAGCUUUUUUACCUAAGCCGGAAGUUGAUGUGGGAGUGGUAACACUGACACCUUUAAAACAACCAAUUAUAAAGUUGCCAUUUAAACUUGUAGAAAAAGUUGUUAGGCAGAUAUUUUCGAUGCGGCAAAAAUAUUCAAUAAGGGGUGCACAAACACUGUUUCCUGAAGAGAUUCGUGAAGAAAUGGCUUUAAAAAUGUAUAACAUAGCUGAUUUAGAUCCAGUGACAAGACCUUUUCAAAUAACUAAUUAUGAGUUUCGUAGAUUAUGUGAGGCUUACAAAACAAUUGUAACGGAGAAUCCAGAUUUGGAAAAAUAUGAUUAUAGAGCUCCAAAGAAAAAACUUGUUACUGAAAAUAUCGAUGACGAAAUAAUGUAACAUUGUUAUGUAAAAAUUUAGUUAAAUUAGUUAAUAAAAAGCAUUGUGUUAA